AUGGCAGAGAAAUCGAUGUUCAAUGAACCUGACGUGGAUUUCCAUUUGAAACUGAAUCAACAACUAUUUCAUAUUCCUUACGAACUACUGUCUAAGCGUAUUAAGCACACUCAAGCAAUCAUCAAUAAAGAAACAAAAUUACUGCAUGAGAACAUUAGCACCUUAAAUGAAAUAUUUGAACACAAGGAUGUCGAACAUGAUACAUUAGCACUGGCAAAGAUUACUGAAAUGAUCAGGAAAAUUGAUCAUUUGGAAAAAUUCCUGAACAUGCAAAAUAAAUCCUAUUACGAGAUUUUGAAUAGAAUCAAGAAGAGAUUAGAGUUUUUUCACGAGCUAAAAGAUAUCAAGGCUCAAAACACCGAAACUUUCGACGAUCAUAAUACCAGAAAUAAAUUGAUUCGGUGGUAUCAGAGUUACACGAACAUUCUGAUUGGUGAUUAUUUGACGAGAAAUAACCCGAUAAAGUAUAGUCCAGAGACAAAUGAGCAUUGGAACUCGGGCGUAGUAUUUUUGAAACAAAUUCAGCUAGAUGACCUCAUUGAUUAUGAUAUUCUUUUAGAGGCUAAUAAGAUUUCCACCUCUUUAUUGAAUGGGCGUGAUCUUUUACCCCUAAUUUCAUGGAUAGACGAAAACAAAAAAAUCCUGACGAAAAAAUCCUCCAUAUUGGAAUUUCAAGCCAGAUUACAGGAGUAUAUCGAAUUGUUGAAAGUAGACAACUAUAUCAAUGCAAUUGAUUGUUUCCAGAAAUUCCUUUUACCAUUCAUUCAGAGCAACUUUCCGGACCUAAAAUUAGCAUCAGGGCUUUUGAUUUUUAUCAAAUAUUUUAAUAAACAAAAACCAGAUUCAUCUUCCAGCUCUACAUUUAAUGCUGAAGAAAUAAAAGCACAGAAUCUGCCAAUGAAGAAAGAUCUAGUAUUUCAACACUUCUUCCAUAAAUCUCUACCAAGAGAUACUUCCAAUCCAGAGACGAAUACAGCCGAUUACGACAAGAGCUCUCUGAUAAAUUUACAAAACGGUGAUUUUGAAAGAUAUUUGAAUUUAUUAGACGAUGAGCGAUGGUCAGUAUUGAAUAGCCUAUUUUUGAAGGAUUUUUAUUCCAUGUAUGGAAUAUCACAAAAUGAUCCAUUAUUAAUAUAUUUGUCCCUAGGUAUAUCAUCCUUAAAAACAAGAGAUUGCUUGCACCCCUCAGACGAUGAAGAAGAGAACAAAGGGACGGAAGAUACCAUAACACCAGAAAAUGGAGUUGAACAUUUACAGAUAUUUACGCUACAUUCAUUAAAACGGAAAAACUGUCCGGUUUGCAGUGAGACUUUCAAACCAAUAACACAGUCGCUACCAUUUGCUCAUCAUAUUCAGUCGCAAUUGUUUGAAAAUCCAAUAUUACUGCCGAAUGGGAAUAUUUACGAUAGUAAAAAAUUAAAGAAGCUGGCAAAAACAUUGAGAAAGCAGAAGUUGAUAUCCUUAAGUCCAGGUCAAAUCAUGGAUCCAGUCGAUAUGAAAAUCUUCUGCGAAUCAGAUUCUAUCAAAAUGUAUCCAACAUAA